AUAAUUAAUAAACUCAAUCUAAGUGUUACACAUAAUAAACAAAAAAAUGUUCACUCUCUAUCUCCCACUUAUCUCUUUCCUUUUCCUUAUCAUCACUUUGAAGUUCUUCAUCCACACAACAAGAACUUUGAAAAACAUUCCUCCGGGUCCACAAUGUCUUCCUAUAAUAGGAAAUCUUCAUCAACUCAAACAACCACUCCACCGUACUUUCCACACCUUGUCACAAAAACACGGCAAACUAUUUUCGCUUUGGUUUGGUUCUCGUCUAGUUGUUGUUGUUUCAUCCUUAGAAAUCGCACAAGAAUGUUUUACCAAAAACGACAUGGUUUUAGCAAAUCGGCCUCAUUUUCUGAGUGGCAAAUAUAUUGGUUACAACAAUACCACGGUGUCACAAUCACCUUAUGGUGAUCAUUGGCGCAAUUUGCGCCGAAUAUUAUCAAUUGAAGUGCUCUCAUCUCAUCGUUUGAAUUCCUUCUUAGAAAUUCGAAGAGAUGAGAUUAUGAGGCUAAUACGAAAACUAGCACAAAUGUCAUACAAUGGUUUUUCGGAAGUGGAACUUCAACCUAUGUUUUUGGAAACGACAUUUAAUACUAUAAUGAGAAUGGUGUCGGGGAAAAGAUACUAUGGUGAUGAUUGUGAUGUUAGUGAUGUUGAGCAAGCAAGGGUGUUUAGAGAGAUAAUUAAGGAGUUUGCUAUUUUAGGAGGAGCUAAUAACGUUGGUGAUUUUUUGGGGUUUUUAAGGUGGUUUGAUUUUGAUGGUUUGGAAAAUAGGCUUAAGAAGAUUAGUAAGAAAACUGAUUCUUUUUUACAAGGGCUUAUUGAUGAACAUCGUAUUGGAAAGAGGAAUACUAAUACUAUGAUUGAUCAUCUCUUAACUCAGCAACAAUCACAACCUGAAUAUUAUACGGAUCAAAUCAUCAAAGGACUUAUUGUGGUCAUGCUACUUGCAGGAUCUGACUCAUCAUCUAUAACUUUAGAAUGGGCCAUGUCCAAUUUAUUAAAUCAUCCAGAAAUAUUGAAGAAGGCAAAAAAUGAGUUAGACACUCACAUAGGACAAGACCGCUUAGUAGAUGAGCCAGAUAUUUUAAAACUUCCUUAUCUUCAAAGCAUUGUUAACGAGACCAUUAGACUACAUCCAGCAGCUCCAUUAUUAGUGCCUCAUUUCUCUUCAGAAAAAUUUACCAUAGAUAAAUAUAAUAUCCCACAAAACACAAUUUUGUUGGCCAAUGUUUGGGUGAUUCAUAGAGAUCCAAAUUUGUGGAGUGAUCCUACAUGUUUUAAGCCCGAGAGGUUUGAGAAAGAAGGUGAGACAAAUAAACUACUUACAUUUGGGAUGGGAAGAAGAGCUUGCCCGGGACAAAAUUUGGCCCUACGCAAUGUGAGUCUUGCUUUGGGCUUAUUAAUUCAAUGUUUUGAGUGGAAACGUAUAGGUGAAGAAACAAUUGACAUGACCGAAGCAAAAGGAAUCACAGUGGGAAAGAAAAUCCCCUUCAAAGCAAUGUGUAAAUUGCAUCAUCCACUAAGAAUUAAGGAUGUUUUUUAGAUUUUUUUUAAGAGUCAGAAGGUUAACAUCAAAAUAAAAAGAAGUGUGUUUUAUUAGUUUAUGAAAGUUUUUAAUUUGUUGAAAACAUGUGCAUAAUGGAAACAUUUGUUAGUUGUCCAACAUAAGCACAUGUGGUGUAUUCCUUUAAAAGAAAGCCAACAUGGUGUAUUCCUUACAAAGAAAGUUAUGUAUAUAAAGAAGUACUAGCAACACUCAUAUUUUUAA